UGUGCGCGGUCCAAAUAGGAGAGAAAGGAAAAAGAAAAAGGAAAAAAAAAAUUGUCGCCCUAAUAAGCCAGUGUGGUCGUCGGCCGCCGCUGACCAAGUGCUAUAACUCGAUCUGAUUCGGUGGUAAUCGUAACAAGUUAAGAAGAUGGAAGGGGAUGGCGGUGGUGCGAUGCCAUUGUCAAGUGAGAAUGCGAAAGAAGAGCAGCAGGGGACGUCCUACACUUAUUGGGUGAGGCAAGUGACGGAGGAAGCGGCGCCUCCCCCGGUUCCCAGAAUGCUCUCAUCUCAGGAUAUUCUCUCCGCCCAGUCUCAGCCUGCCACCCUCGGCUCUCUCUGGAAUCGGGCUGGAACUUGGGAGGAGAAGAAUGUCAAUAAAUGGGCGACAGAUAGAAUAAAGGAGUUGCUUGUAUCAGUGGGUUCCGUGGAGUUCCCAGGUGGCAAAGCACAAAUAUCAGAUGUCUCCAAGUGUGUAGGGGAUGCAUUCUUGGUGACUGUGCGAAACAAGAAACGCGUUGGCUACACCUAUGAACUAACCUUGAAAGUCAAAGGGGAAUGGAUUACCGGAGAGGAGAAAAAGAUGGUAAAGGGCCAGAUAGACAUCCCAGAGUUUUCAUAUGGGGAACUCGAUGACUUGCAGGUAUUUGAUACUCCUCUUUCAAGCUACAGAGAAGGAUAUGAUGUAAUUAUGAUGGAGAAUAAGAUGGUUUUAAUCUAAUUAUGCCUUAUUGACCUCAGCAUACAAUGAUGUGUGGUUGGUUUUAGAAAUUCAUAUUGAAGAUUAGAGGAUAUACUGUCCCAACAAGUUCAAUUGACUGGUGAAGGACUUAUCUUUAGUAGACUUGAUACUUGGAAAGAAACGGAGCAAAAUGCGCUAAAAUAAUGAUAUCUAUAUACUUCCAUAUUUCUAAAUAGCACAUCGGCAAUUCUAUUUUUAUUUGACUGGUUCAAUAUGAAUUUCUAGUUUUAGAAAUUCAUAUUGAAGAUUAGAGGAUAUACUGUCCCAACAAAUUCAAUUGGCUGGUGAAGGACUUAUCUUUAGUAGACUUGAUACUUGGAAAGAAACAGAGCAAAAUGCUCUAAAACAAUGAUAAUUAUAUACUUCCUCAUUUCUAAAUAGCACAUCGGCAAUUCCAUUUUUAUUUAUCAUUUUCCUCUCUAAUGGCCAAAAAGAAAUCAUUUUUCUAAAAUAAUCUUCAGCUUCUAGCUUA